CCGAUCGCUGCAGUAACAAGGAAGAGCAGACGGCGGCCUCGCACGCACGCACGCACGCACGCCUACAGCCACGGCUCACCAGCGACUUCAUCCCAGUGGAGCCGACGGUCGCCGGCAGCAGGAGGUACGCAGCCGCUCUGGUGAAAAGGCAGCGAAACUUCGAUAGGACUCCCGUUGUCACAAAAAAACAAAACAAAAAAAACCUCGCCACCGCAGACUGAUCUUGUGUGGCAGCCAUGGGCAGUAAGACUCUGCCAGCUCCUGUACCGCUGCAUCCCUCUCUCCAGCUAGCAAACUACUCACUUCUCCAGAGCUCCACAGGCCUCCAGCUGCCAGCUGAUCACUUCCCCAACAUCUACAGCUUCAGUGCCUUACACGCCAUCCACCUCCAUCAGUGGACUCUUGGCUACCCACCACUCACUCUGCCUCGCCUCUCCAAACUCCCUGUUGGGUUCUCCACGAUGGCAUCAUUCCCUAUCUUCCCCCAUCUGCUACAGCCGAAGCAGGACUCAACAGUACUUUUGCAGAAUUCCAAGAACAAGCCUCGUUUUGACUUUGCCAACCUGGCGACAGCAGCCACCCAGGAAGAUCCCCUACAAGCUGAAGAUCUUAGCUUGGCUGGAGUUGCUGCAGCCGCUGCAGCUGCGGCACAGGCAUCAUCUCACCAACCAUCAUCUGCCAGCCUUGGUUGUCUUCUGGAGGUGUCUAAACUGUCUUCGCCUGAGCGCAAGUCCAGCCGUGGCCGGCUGCCAUCCAAGACCAAGAAAGAGUUUGUGUGCAAGUUCUGUGGCCGUCAUUUUACAAAGUCCUACAACCUGUUGAUCCAUGAGAGGACACACACCGAUGAGAGGCCAUACACUUGCGACAUCUGCCACAAAGCUUUCCGAAGGCAGGACCAUCUCAGAGACCACAGGUACAUCCACUCCAAGGAGAAGCCCUUCAAGUGUCAGGAGUGUGGCAAGGGCUUCUGCCAGUCCAGGACUCUGGCAGUCCACAAAACAUUACACAUGCAGGUUAAGGAACUGAAGCAAGCCAAGAUCAAGUGAGUUGCCCCACCUGCAGGGAAGAGACACUGGAAAAAUGAGACUGACCUGGAGCCAAAAACCAUGACCAAAGAACUCUCAUCUCAACAAUCGUAGGUUAAACACCAGCAGAUUUCUGGUGAUUUCUAAUGCCUCAUGGAGGACUGGCAAACCCAAAUGAACCAAAGGAAGUGAUGAGGACUUGAUCAACAGAGAGCCACCAGGAUGCCUUGACCAAAGACUUAAAGUAAUCCUUAUGCAAGUUAUAAAAGCCAUGUUACCAAAGCAAGACCUUGUUGUACUGUUGCAUUCCAAUUUUAUUUUUUGUACAAAUACAUGAUACCAGAAAAUGUAUUUUUGCACUUUAAUCCAAAUAUUGAUUCUAUUUUUACA